AUGUACCCAUAUCAAAGAUCCGAAGAGUUUUCUGCUUCUUCUACAAAUGGAGCAGGUGAGGAAACUCCCAUCAACUCCAACUAUGGUUCAGAGGCUUAUUAUGGCGGUCGCCACACGCUAUCGCCUCAUGUCAAUCCUUUUAUGAAUGAACAUGAGCAAGAGGAUGCCUACUCUGAUAUCCUUGAAGAAGCUCCCAAUGAAGAAGCUGUAUAUAAUUCUCCAGAGAGACCUAGCUCUUCCGAAGAGUUCGUUUCACAAGACGAGUCCAACGUUUCCGCCGGCAGUUCUUAUAUGUUCCCCUACAACCGGGGGCAUCCAUUAGCCAAGCGUCAUGAUUCUAUCAUGGUUGAUGAGUUUGGCCAUGAAUACAUUGUUGAAGGUGAAAGCAUUGCUUCAACGGACGAAGCAAUUGAUUACGAUGCUUUAUAUGCUUCUUGGACUGCCGAUAACAAGGCUCCAAUCCUUGCCCUCGAUAUUGAAAAUAUUUUCAUCGAACUCGCUAUGAAGUUAGGUUUCCAAUGGGACAGUAUGAGAAAUAUGUUUGACUACCUUAUGGUUAUGCUUGAUUCUCGAUCAUCCCGUAUGGCUCCUCAAGAUGCUUUGCUAUCCGUGCACGCUGAUUAUAUUGGCGGUCCUCAUGCCAAUUUCAAGAAAUGGUACUUUGCUUCCAGAAUGGAUCAAUUUGACUUUGCCUCUGGUGUCCCUUCGUUCAUUUCUCGUGAUCCUUCUAAUCAAUCACCCGUCUCAGAUCUCUCUGCCGUAAAUGCCCUUUGGAUUUCUCGUAUGGAUGAUUUGUCCAGCUAUGAGCGUGUUGAACAAUUAGCUCUUUACCUUUUAUGCUGGGGUGAAGCCAACAAUGUUCGUUUUAUGCCGGAGUGUUUGUGCUUUAUAUAUAAGUUGGCCUAUGACUAUCUCAUUUCCCCUCAAUACAAAGAGCAAAAAGAUCCUGCCCCUAAAGAUUAUUACCUUGAUCAUUGCAUUACUCCUUUUUAUAAUUUGCUGCAUGAUCAACAAUAUGAAAUUCGCAACCAAAAAUACGUUCGGAAAGAGAAGGAUCAUGCUGAAACUAUUGGUUAUGAUGAUGUCAAUCAAAUGUUUUGGCAUGCUAGCGGCAUCAAGCGCAUUAAGCUUCUUGAUGGCUCCGGAAUCAUGAAAGCACUUCCCUCUGCUAGAAUUCACUUGCUCGAUCAAGUUCAGUGGAGUCGCAUUUGUUAUAAAUCAUAUAGGGAGUCUCGUACUUGGUUACAUUUUAUAACCAACUUCAACCGUAUUUGGAUUUUGCAUCUUUGCGUCUUUUGGUAUUUUACUGUUCAUAACUCUCCCACCAUUUACACUCGAAACUUCCACUAUUUGGAAAAUACUCAGCCUUCUCGUGCCGCAAAAUGGAGUGCACCUGCGCUUGCCGGUGCCGUUGCCUCCUUUAUAAACUUUUUGGCACUUUUGCUCGAAGGUUAUUUUGUUCCUAGAAGAUCUCCAGGUGCCCAAACUGUCUUGCCCAGGUUGAUAUUUGUAGCAAUCUUGCUUGCUCUCAAUAUUAUCCCUGCCGUUUUCAUUUUUGGAUUUUCUAACGAUCGGCAACAACAUUACAAAAGUCGUGAAAUUGUCGGCUAUGUUCAUUUCUUUUUUUCUAUUGCCUGCGUUGCCUAUCAGACUUUUGUACCUUUAUCUGGUUUAUUGGGUCCAAGGUUCAACUUUCGGGGUUCUAGAAAAUAUCUGGCCAAUAAGUAUUUCACCAACAAUAUUGUAACUUUGCCAUGGCGCCGUUUCCUAUUGUCAGUUUGUUUGUGGGUUACAGUAUUUGUAGCCAAGUUUGUUGAGUCGUACUACUUUCUCACUCUUUCGGUUCGUGAUCCUAUCCGAUUUCUUCAGAAAAUGAAACCUUACGAUUGCAGCGAUUACUUAAUUGGUUCAGCUCUUUGUAGGUACCAGCCCAAAUUUUUAUUGUCGCUCGUUUAUCUCACAGACUUGGUUUUGUUCUUCCUCGAUACCUACUUAUGGUACAUGCUAAUCAGUACUAUUUUCAGCAUCGGGUAUUCCUUCUCAAUUGGUGCCGCGAUUUGGACUCCCUGGCGCGUACUCUACUCGAAUUUGCCUAGACGUAUUUACUUCAAUUUAUUGUCUGCUAAGUCAUUGUCUACUGAUUUCAAGCCUAAGAUUUACGUUGGUCAGAUAUGGAACAGUGUAAUGAUUUCCAUGUACCGUGAACACUUGCUUUCUUUGGAACACCUAAGGGGCUUGUUGUACGAGCAAGUUGGAUCCGAGUAUUUCGGGAAACAGACUUUCCAAUCUCCCAAGUUUUUCAUGGAGUCAGCUAAAGGAAAAUCAACUAGGAAUAAGUACUUCUUGGCCACUUCAGAAGCAGAAAGAAGAAUUUCAUUUUUUUCACAGUCGCUUUCUGCGAAUCUGCCUGAGGCUAUGCCGGUUCCUAAAAUGCCUUCAUUCACUGUGCUCAUUCCUCACUAUGGUGAGAAGAUUCUUCUGAGUCUUCGGGAAAUUAUUCGCGAGCAAGAUCCCAUGUCGAGGAUAACUUUACUGGAAUACUUAAAACAACUUUACCCUCACGACUGGAAUUGUUUUGUUCAAGAUACUAAGUUGAUGGCUGGUGAGCCUAGUCCCAUGGAUAAUAAAGAUGAUGAAAAAGCUGAGGGGUCAAAAAAGAAGAAUAAUUUCCUUAAAGAAGACCUUCCUUUCUAUUGCAUUGGUUUCAAGUCUACGGCUCCGGAAUAUACUUUGCGUACUAGAAUCUGGGCUUCCCUUCGCAGUCAGACACUGUACCGUACUGCAAGCGGUAUGAUGAAUUAUUCUCGUGCUCUGAAAUUGCUAUAUCGCGUUGAACACCCUGCGUUAUUGGAUGAAUGUAGUGGAAACUUUGAAAAACUCGAGCACGAAUUGGAACAAAUGGCUUAUCGGAAGUUCCGUCUUUGCCUGUCCAUGCAGCGUUAUUCAAAGUUCACUCGCGACGAAUAUGAGAACACUGAAUUUCUUUUGAGAGCACAUCCCGAACUGCAAAUUUCAUAUUUGGACGAAGAUCCAGCUGAGGAUGGUGAGGAGCCAAAGGUGUAUGCAACUCUUAUCAAUGGCUUCUGUCCUAUAGAAAAUGGUCGUCGCUUACCAAAGUACCGCAUUCGUCUAUCUGGUAACCCCAUAUUGGGAGACGGUAAAGCUGAUAAUCAGAACAUGGCUCUUCCAUUUGUCCGCGGUGAAUAUCUUCAAGUCAUUGAUGCUAAUCAAGACAACUAUAUUGAGGAAUGUUUGAAAAUCCGCAGUGUCCUUAGUGAAUUUGAAGAGAUGGAUGCAGUUACCACGAAUCCCUAUUCUGCCUCAGAUAAGCAUAACUGGCCUGUUGCUAUGGUUGGUUCUCGAGAGUACGUAUUUUCAGAAAACAGCGGUAUUUUGGGUGAUGUUGCUGCUGGUAAGGAACAAACUUUUGGUACGUUAUUUUCUCGCUCUUUAGCCUUAAUUGGUGGUAAGUUGCAUUACGGACAUCCUGACUUUUUGAAUACAAUCUUUAUGACCACCCGAGGUGGUGUUUCUAAAGGUCAGAAAGGUUUACACGUCAAUGAGGAUAUUUAUGCUGGUAUGAAUGCUAUGCAGCGUGGUGGACGAAUCAAACAUUGCGACUAUUUCCAAUGUGGUAAGGGACGUGAUCUCGGUUUUGGUACGAUUCUCAACUUUACUACGAAGAUUGGUACCGGUAUGGGUGAGCAGUCGCUUUCACGUGAGUACUUCUACUUGGGAACUCAAUUACCAUUCUUCAGAAUGCUUUCGUUCUACUAUGCACAUGCAGGCUUUCAUCUUAACAAUUGCUUCAUCAUGAUAUCAAUGCAGUUAUUGAUGCUUGUGUUUGUUAACCUAGGCGCCAUGUAUCGUACUGUUCCUAUCUGCAAGUAUCAAUCUAGCGGUAGUGUCAAUCAGGGACUAUAUCCAGCUGGUUGUUACAUGUUGAAACCAGUUUUGGAUUGGAUUAGAAGAUGCAUUAUAUCUAUUUUUGUUGUUUUCUUCAUUUCGUUCUUGCCUUUGAUUGUGCAUGAUCUUCUAGAAAAGGGUGCCCUUCGUGCUGUCUCUCGUUUGUGUAAACAGAUUAUCUCAUUUUCCCCUAUGUUUGAAGUGUUUGUCACUCAAAAUUACUCGCAGUCAAUCAUUACCAAUUUAACCUAUGGUGGUGCUCGCUACAUUGCUACUGGCCGUGGAUUAGCUACUACUCGUGUACCUUUUUCAGUUUUGUACUCUAGGUAUAGUGGGGGCUCUAUUUACCUCGGUGCUCGUUUAUUGCUAAUGUUGUUUUUUGGUACAAUGACGGUAUGGACCACUCAUUAUGUCUAUUUUUGGUGUACAAUGUUUGCAUUGGUUAUAUGCCCAUUCCUUUACAACCCUCACCAAUUCUCGUUUGUUGACUUCUUCGUUGAUUAUCGUGAAUUCCUUCGUUGGCUGUCUCGUGGUAAUAGCAAAGGACACGACCAUUCCUGGAUAAGCUUUUGCAGAUUGGCUCGUACAAGGAUCACUGGUGUUCAGAAGAAGCAAAAGGGGUCACCAUCCAACAAGCUUGCGAUGGAUACCCCUCGUGCCAGAAUCACAAACUUACUCUUUACCGAAAUUCUUGUGCCUGCUUUCUUUUGCUUUUUCUCUAUUACUGCAUAUACAUUUAUGAACUCACAGCCUGGAUUGGAGGAUACUUCGCGCUCAGUGAACGGCUUUGUUCGUAUUUGGAUAAUGGCAGCAUUGCCUAUAGCUAUUAGUAUUGCUAUGUUAUGUAUCUCUUUGCUUGUAUCGUGUUGCCUUGGCCCGUUGAUGAACAAAUGCUGUAAACAGUUUGGUGGUUUCAUGGCUGCUAUCUCACACGGUGUUUGUGUUGUUGGAUUGGUUUUUACCUUUGAGGCUUUGUGGUUCUUGGAGGCUUGGUCACUUUCCAAGACGGUUUUAGGAUGUGUCGUAAUUAUCUCGAUUCACCGAUUCCUUUUCAAGUUAGUCGUUGUAUUCCUUCUUCCACGUGAAGUAUCUGGCGGUGAGACGAACUUUAGCUGGUGGGAUGGAAAAUGGAUUAGCAGAGACAUUCCCAUGAAACCUAUCCAAUUUAUUCGGGAGUUUUUCUGCAAGAUCAUUGAGUUAAAUCUCUUUGCUAUGGACUUCAUGUUGGCACACUCCAUCCUGUUCUGUAUGGUCCCUGUACUUAUAAUUCCAUUUGUGGACAUCCCUCACUCUGUUUUGUUGUUUUGGCUCCAACCUAGUCGUCAAAUCCGUCCUCCAAUCUAUACCCGUAAGCAAAACCAGCUUCGCAGAAGAACGUUUUAUCGCUACUCACUUUUGUUUACGCUUCUUCUCUGUACAUUUGUUGCAAUGAUUGUGGUACCGCUUGUUCUUGAUCAUAAAUUGGGAUACACAUUUAAGUUUAAUAACUCCAAGAAGUUCUUCCGGUUAAUGCAACCUACAAUGGGCAAGGUCAUCAACAGUAAUAAGAAUACUACCGAUUAA